AACUGUGGCUCUGUGUUAGUGUUUUGUGUACCCUGGCGCUUAAAUCUCAUUCGGAAUUCCUCGGGAGAUGUUUUGAAACACGAUAAACGAACAACUUGACAAAUACUUGUUACACCGGAAACUACGCUGCAAACCAAUUUGAUCGACGAAAGAAUGUCAGAAGGCGAGCUUGUGUUUCCUCUGAAGUGUUCUGUACAGAACUAUGCCUGGGGUAAACUUGGCAGUGAGAGUGAAGUUGCCUCACUUCAGAAAGCUGCUGAUCCAUCUUUCCAGAUAGAUGAGGAUACGCCUUAUGCUGAGUUAUGGAUGGGAACACAUGUCAACUGCCCAUCAAAGGUAAAAACUCCCAAGGGAAGUAACCUGUCACUGAAAGACUGGAUUACCCAGCAUCCUCAGCAGCUGGGAGAGGCCGUCAGAAAAAAGUUUGGGGAUGACCUACCAUUCUUGUUCAAAGUUCUGAGUGUGAACAAAUCACUGUCUGUUCAAGCUCACCCAAACAAGGUUCAGGCAGAAAAGCUUCAUAAAACGUUUCCUGACAUUUAUAAGGAUGACAAUCACAAACCUGAACUGGCCAUUGCUCUGACGCCAUUCAAAGCAUUAUGUGGAUUCCGUCCCAUUCAGGAAGUAGCAGAGUUCCUAUCAAAGAUUGAGGAGUUGCGAGCUGUAGUGGGAGGACCCAAGGCCUGUAAACUGAUCUCAGCCAGUAAGACCCCGGACAUGCCCCUCCAGAGGGAAGCCAUGAAAGACUGCUUCACUGCAUUGAUGAAACGAGAUCCAGAGACUGUCCAAUCAGAGCUCAAACUCCUCAUAAACAGACUACAAAAUCUAGACAAUGCUGGAACAGACACCAGUGUGUUUGAGAGUGAGGUUCUCUAUAAGUUAUACAAGGAGUUCCCUGGAGAUGUGGGCUGUUUUACUGUGUACUUCCUUAAUGUCAUAACACUUCAACCUGGAGAGAGCAUGUUCCUGGAGGCCAAUCUACCUCACGCUUAUCUCUCAGGGGAUACAAUGGAGUGCAUGGCUUGUUCAGACAAUGUGGUGCGAGCAGGACUGACUCCUAAAUUCCGAGAUGUUCACACACUGUGUGAAAUGUUAGAUUAUACAGGGAAACCAGCAAACAAAACCAAGUUCACAGGAAAGUCCGUCACAGAGGAAAAAGUCACAAUAACGACCUUCAGCCCAGCAAUACGAGACUUUGCUGUCAAAAAAUUCCAGACCAGCCCUGGAUGUACCUCUCUGCGGCUCCCAGCUUUACCCAGCCCAAGUAUUACCAUUGUGAUUCAAGGAAAUGGAAUUGCCAACAAUGCAACAUUGGAGUCGUCACUUCCUGUGAAUCGGGGCGAGAUCUUCUUCUCAGCAGUUAAUCAGGAGGUAACAAUAGACGUGUCGUCGGAGUCCAUGAUUCUGUUUCAGGCUUACGCUGCUGUUUAGAGGCAUUCAGACACAACAGAAGUGCCUGACUUUAGAUCCCUCUCUUAACUUGGCAAUUUAUUUAUAGCAUAAAUCCCAGUACUAUUUUUUUGUAUAUUGGAAGUUUUUCCCUAGCUAGGCUGAUUUCUUUGUUCUAAUUUAUAAUCUCUUAACAGCUGUAUAUGAUGUUGAUUGUUUGAUUUAUUGCAGUAAAAUAUGCCAACUGUUAUGAUUUCACUCAGAUGAACUAAACUCAACAAGUUGCAAACAAAUGAACAUAAUUCAGAAUUAAAACUUUUGUGAGGAAUGUUACCAGUCUGAGAAUGGAAAUUUCUAUUGAUAUGUUAAAACUUUAAUUAUUACUUGUAAUGUGACUUGAAUACAUAUAGUUUAUAUUGUAUGGGGUAUUAUUUAUAUUGGUGCAUUAUUCCUCUGAUUUUUGUGAUGCAUGUUAACAAUUUAUGUUAAGCUAAGCUUUAAAUUUUUAGACUGUUUUUUUUACUGAUGUGUGUUUAUUUUAUUUGUUCUGUAUCUGAUAAAAUUACAAAACUUUUGUUUCUGUGUCUGAUGGAUCAUGAGUGUUAUUAUGAUUUGGAGUCAUGUUUUUGUUGUUGAUGGAGGAGAAACCAAAGUUUUUUUUAGGUCACCUGAGUCACUCAGGUGACCUAUUGCUAUCUGUUUUUGUCUGUCGUCGUUCGUCGUUCGUUGUCAAUCGGUCGUAAACUUUUGAACAUUUUUAGCUUCUUCUCUGGAACCACUGAACCAAUUUCAACCAAUUUCGGCAUAUAGCAUUUAUGGGUGAAGGGGAGUAAAAAUUGUGAAAUUCAUGGCCCCUGCCCCCCUGGGGCCUGAGGGGUGGGGCUAAAACCAUCAAAAUUAAUGCAAUCUUUAAAAAUCUUCUUCUUUACUCCUGGACAUCAAGCAGUCAAACUGUUGGCAUCAUUGUAAUAAGCAUUGAGCCCUCUACCAAAAUUGUGAAAUUCAUGGCCCCAGGGUCAGGGGUUCUGGUGCUAGGGCGGGGCUCUAAUGAUUAUAUAGUGAAAAUGCAUUAAUUCUUUAAAAAUCUUCUCCUCUGCUCCUGGGUAUUAAGCCGAUGAAUUAAGUACAUAGUUAUGAUGAGCAAGAGUGCCUCUUCAAAAAUUGUGAAUUUCAUGGCCCCUGGGUCAGGGGUUCUGGUGUUAGGGCGGGGCUCUAAUGAAUAUAUAGUGAAAAUGCAUUAAUUCUUUGAAAAUCUUCUCCUCUGCUCCUUGAUAUUAAGCCGAUGAAUUAAGUACAUAGUUAGGAUGAGCAAGAGUGCCUCUUCCAAAAUUGUGAAUUUCAUGGCCCCUCUUGGCGAAGGGUUCCGUGUGGGGGGGGGGGGGGGGCUUUUUUUCUAUAUACUGAAAAUAAAUUAAUGCUAUGAAAAUCUUCUCUGCUCGUGGGUAUUGAGCUGAUGAACUAAGUACAUAAUUAUGAUGAGCAAGAGUGCCUCUUCCAAAAUUGUGAAUUUCAUGGCCCCUUGGUCAGGGGUUCCAUGUGUGGGGGGGGGGGGGGCUUAUUUAUUAUAUACUGAAAAUAAAUUAAUGCUUUGAAAAUCUUCUCCUCUGCCCCUUGGUAUUAAUUAAACAAACUAAAUACAUAGUUAUGAUGAGAAAGGAUGCCUCUUCCAAAAUUUUGAAUUUCAUGGCCCCUGGGUCAGGUGUUCUUGAGCUUGGGUGGGGUUCUAUUGAUUAAUAAGCAAAAUGCAUUAAUGCUUUGAAAAACUUCUCCUCUGCCCCUGAGUACUAAGCAAACAAGCUAAAUGCAAUAAUAUCAAUGUAAAUACAUGCAUUAAAUUUAAUUAUAAGUAAAUGUGCCUUUUCUUUGCUUGUGGUUAUCUAGGAGGCAGAGUACACAAUUGUGAUGUGAAGCAAAUGAGAGUUACUCCCCUUUGCUAAAUAUUGUUAAUCAAGAAAUCCUUGUAUAUAAUUUAAUUAACAGGUUAUUUGAUUGAUUGAGAAUACAAGAAAGAAUGUUAUAUAUAUAUAGAAACAAAAUAAAAUGAAUGUUUGGUUUAAAUGAGCAAAGUAUGCUCAAAGUCAGAUUCUUGCCUGGAAAGCAGUAUAAAAGAUUGACAUAAAAGAUUAUUUAUAUAUUUAGCAAAAGUUGUAAUUGUACACAGUAUGUAUACUAUGUGGUGAUCUAAGUUAGUGUCACUUAUAGAGGAGUUGUGGUUGACAGGAGACUGGAUGUUGUUUUAUACUUUAUCAAAGUGAACAAAGAAUCGCAGAAUGCCAGAUUGACUUAUUGUAAUUAGUGACAAGUGGCAAAUAACCACGUUGUAUAUACCCAAGUCUGUGUGUACUGAAUUGUAGCACUAGGCAAGUGACAAAAAAAAUAUCUGUAUAUAUUGAAUACCUUACACAAUAGGCAAGUGUUCUUUGCAUUUGUAUAUUUUGCAUUCAUUAUCAUCCCUGUAAGACUUGGGAAAACCAAGUAUGAUCCAAAGGAGAUCAAUCGGGUCUAGCACAUUACAAUAAGCAAGGGUAUUUUUACCAGAUUUUUAGCUCACUUCGACGAAGUCGAGAUGAGCUUAUGCUAUACCUCCGACGUUGGCGUCCCGGUUAAAGUUUUAGGAGCAAGUCCACUCCCAAGUAACUAUAAGCCCUACCUGAACCAAACUCGCAUGGAUGAUGCAUCUAGGGAUGGACACUACCACACUUGCUUCGGAUGCUGGAUCUGACCUAGAUUUUCCAGAUGAGUGACCAAGUUAAAGUGUUUGGAGCAGGUCUUUUUCCAAGUAACUAUAAGUCUUACUUAAACCAAACUUGCAUGGAUAUUGAUCUUGGGAUGUAUACUAACUAGAAAAAAAUAUGAUGUGAGAUUUGCCUUACUUAUAGAUAACAUUUGUCGAGGUGAGCUUCAUAAUCUUUGAUUACCUAUGUUUGAAAUUCUUUAGCAACAUUGCUUCGUCUAUCAGUUAAUUUUGUUUUAUACUUCCAUGGAUCCUUUAGUGUUGUAUUAUACUCAGGUGACUGUUAAGGCCCUUGGGCCUCUUGUUUUGUUUAUUUUAUCAAAAUGCAAUAAAGGGCAUAUAAUGAAAUAGCAUGAUUGUUUUAUUUUUAGGUUAUCUGGGCUACUUUGUGGUUUAUAGCUCGAAUGGAGUUUUUUAUUUAAUAUUAUUUCAUUAUUAUUAUCAAAGUUUUAAUCAUAUUUAGUUUCUUUUAAUCUUUCCACAAGAUUAUGGGAGUAUAGUGUCCCCUACUAAUUUGUGUAAUGUUCUAAAUAGUAACUAAAAUAUAACUACCAAUGUUUCAAAAUUUAAUGAGAUGUAGAAGAACUUUGUUGGUGAUAUGAUCAAAUCUUGUGAAGCACAGGCUUUUCAAUAUAUCUGUUCUGUACCAAGUUUAUUUCCCAGAAGAAGACGUUAAUGGUAACCUAACAAUAAAACUUUAUCAUAAA